AUGACGUCACAGCGCGGCACCCGACGUGCGUGCGCGCUGCGGUUGGCACGGACGCUCAGCUCGCAGCCAGAGGACGACCGCGUGACCAGACCAACAACACGCGCACACUUCCUCCAUGAGCAGGCCGGCGUUGCCAUGGAGAGCCGAGUGGUUCCGAGCGGGAAAGUCUACCAGCAGCUCUUCGACGACCAGGUUCGACUGUCGAGGGGUCUGUUGGCGCGCAGACACUCCACGGCCACCAUGUGCGUGUCCGCCAUGAACACGCCCUGCAGCAGUGAGUGGCAGCAGAGAGGCGAGGAGGGCGACCAGGACGUGGAGGACGUCAUUAGACUUCCGGACACAGUCGGUGUCAGUCACGUGACGUGUGACAUCCUGCAGCGCGUGCACCUGCACAAGAGGAUCAAACACCAGGAAGUGGUGCGGCACAUGGACGCGCAGCUCGCGCAAGUGGCACAGGUGUGUGAGAUCCAGGUGAGGACUCACAGCGUGCAGCUGUUGUCGGCGCUGCGGCGCAUCAACGAGCGCGUGGACGCGCUGCAGCACAACAUGCGAGGCGCGGAGCAGCGUGACAUGCAGGAGGUGGUGUGCAUGUGGAGCGAGGUGGAGGAGCAGCUGAAGAAGAAGAAGAAGAUGGUGGCGGACUUCCAGCUCCAAGUCAGCGAGUGCGAGAGGCAGCGAGUCAGCCAGAUAAGACCUGUGCUCAGGAAGUACGGCCACCUGCUGGAGAAGAUCAACUUCCUGCCGUGUGCCGACAUGCACCGACAGAUCCACAGCGAGGCCACGAUGCUCAACCAGACCCUGCUGGCCAACCGCCGUAGUGCGGCGCGCCUCCUGCUGCUCCUGCAGGAGGCCAACCUCCAGCAGGAGGCGCGGCUCCAUCUGCAGUGGGAGGAGUCUCUGGGCCGCUGGAGGCGGAGCCGAGCCGACCAGGUGGUGCAGGACUUCAGGUCGGUGCUGGCGAGCGUGGACGUGUGGCAGCUGCUGGCGGACCAGCCCGCCUUCCAGGAAGUGGCGCACAGCCUGCGGCGUCUGGCGCAACAACGCUGUGACAUCAUCGCCGGCAUCAGCGCCUUGGUCCCGCCCCUGCUGUCGGAGGCCCACGUGUCGGACUGGUUCAGCCGGCUGACAGCUGUCAAUCAGCACAUCGACAGCCGCCACUCGGACUUCCUGCAUCAGCUGCGCUGCUGCUACGAGCUGGUUUGGCGGGAGCGCCUGGCUCAGGUGCAGCGACACCAGGAGGCGCUCUCCUCUCUGGACCUGUCGGAGGUGGAAGUGGCGGACAUCGUCAAGUCUCAGCUCCUCACUCUGAUUGGUCAAUACCAGCGGCAGGAUGAAGGACAGCUGGCGACCAUCGACACGUGCUCAGACGGGUUGUGGGCGGCGUCCGCCAGGCUCAGCAGGCGUGUCUUCGUGGUGAUGCGCGCCUUGGCCUCGCUGUGGGAGGAGCACAGCGCCAAGCUGCUGCGCCAUGAGGAGGACAUCCAGCAGCGGCUGGACGAGCUGAGGGUGGCGCAGGAGAAACACGUGCAGAGAAAGAAAGUCUACCUGGACGAGAUGCUGGCCGGACUUCGCCAGGAGAGCAGCGAGGCGGCCCUGAGGAAGUAUCUGGAGCAGACCGUGCACUACCUGAGCAACCUGAGGGAAAGCUGCGGCGAGUGCGUCUCCGAUCAGCGCCGCGUGUUGGACCGCCUCCCGCACAUCUAUGUGGCCGAGCUGGACGUCUACAGCGGACACCUGAGCGACUUCUUCCGCCUCAGCCACGCCUUCACCCCGACUGCCGAGGAUCUACGGAAACUCCCGCCAGUCGACGACGACGACGACGACGUCGCCAGCGCCGCAGAAGGCGGGACAACAGCGGCGAGUCCAAUCAGCAGUCAGAGUGCCGCCGAGCCUGAGCCGUCCUCUGAUUGGCUGACGGAGGCCCAGACGUCCCUGCUGGACCUGUACGACCUCAGCAGCAAGGUGGCGUUCACGUCGUCAAGGGGCGUGUCCUACUCGGGCCCCUGCUUCCGCUGCCCCGCCAGCGACCUGCCCGGCAACAUGAGCAAGCAGCAGGAAGCGCACCAGAGCCUGUUUCCUGUGGAGCUGCUCACGCACACGCUCAGCAGGGCGCGCACGUCCUUCCUGGAGCACCUGGAGCAGCGCUACCAUGAGGUCCUGACCAGCGUGGUCACCACGGUGACGGAGAGGAAGGAGGCGGUGUGGGCGUACCACGAGCUCCAGAUGCAGCAGUUGGCGCCACAACACGUCAAGAAGUGCAUCUACCUGCCACGCCUGGCCGAGCUGCGGCAGCACAAGCAGCGUGUGGACGCUCACUGCCAGGAAGUGUCCGACGUGCUGGCUUCCUGUACGGCGGCGCUACAGCAGCUGCAGACCUCCGUCAACGCCAAGAACCACAAGCUCAUCGCCACGCUGUCCAAGAUGGACGACAGCGUCCGCAAGACGGACGGCAGCAGACGGCUGGAGACGCUUAGCUCCACCCUGCAGGACUGUCUGGAUGGAUACAUCAAAGACACCCAGCUCUCCAACACCGCCUUCAGACAAAUGCUUCAUCUCAAAAUGGAUGAACUCCGACGCAAGACCGCUUACCUCCUCCACUCCUUCAGGUUGUUCAGCGAAGGCGGUGACUUCACUCGUACCGAGGUGAAAAUCUUCCAGCGCCAUCUGAAAGAAGAAAGCAAACGCAUCAGCGUGGCGGAGGAGAGCGUCUACGCCGAUCUUCACAACCUGGAGUCCAAGAGUCUGCAGCAGGUGAAAGCGGUGUCGGGGCGCUUCGAGGAGAAGCUGUCCAUGCUGCAGGCCGAGGUGAAGUUCAUGGAGAAGAUCCAGAUCAUUCUCAGCAGCACCCAGGUGGAGGCCAAAGCCGAGACGGCCAGCAGCAACCAGCAGGAGGCCACCAUCAGCGCGCGUCUGGAAGAUAUGAGGAAGACUCUGGAUGAGGAGAAGGUGUGUGCGGAUGAGGUGUGUGUGUGGCUGUCAUCCGUCAGCGUGGCCCUCAAGAGGCGGAGUCAUUACCUGGACGAGGAGAACGCACCCGCGCCCGCCGCGGCCAAAUCCAGGAAGCAGGUGUGUUCGGCUCCGCCUCCCGCUUUGCUGCAGCCCUGCAGGUCGGGGGGCAACAUCCUGGAAGACCCCAUAGUGGGCGUGGUCAAGUCUCUGAACAGGUUCUCUGGGGGCCCCGACCCCGCCGCCGCCGCCGCCGCCGGCCCCGCCCCCCUCACAGGUCGGAGCUCCACCCAUCGCCAGCUGUCAUCGCGACGUAGUGAGUCUGCUGCUGUCACCAGGUCCUUCAGAACUGACAGAAGGUUCCAGAUCUUUGGGGCUAAAUCUGAAGCAGACCAGAAUCCAGACUGCUACAUCUCCAUCGUGAACGGCGUGCUGAGGAGGACUCACCACAGCCUCCUGCUGGUCGCCAAGGACUUCUACCAGAGCCAGCGCUGCGGCGGCUUCUACCUUCUCCCCGGGGGCCUGGACCAGUGGGUGGACAGCAUCCAGCAAAGGCUGCUGGGAUAUCACGAGCACGCGAGGACGCUUCUGAGCGCCAGCAAGGAAGCGCUGGAGCAGCAGCAGUGUGUGUUGGCCGACAUCAUGCGCUCGCUUCCUGACAAGCUGAUCCGUAACCACGAGCAACAGAUGGAGGCGGGGCUCAGAGAGGAGGCGGGCCUGGUGCGACGGAAGUUCGCCAGGAUGAUCGCGGCCAGUGAACAGGAGCAGGAGGCCAACGUGGCGCGGCUGCGGGUGUCGCUCGCCGACCACCAGAUGGAGCAGCUGCGCCACGGCGAGGAGGACAGGCAGCGGCGUCUCCACGAAACCGUCCUGCGCUCGCACCAGCAACUGCAGGAGUGUGUCAGACGCAAGGGGGAGGAGUUUGUGACAUCACUGGCGUCCCUGGCAGAGAACCUCCUCCGUCACAUGGACCAGCUGCCUCUUGCAGAGGUCAACUCUGAGGACAGGCCUGUAACCAUGGAGACGGGACAGCAACCCUUCAGGAAGUGGUCAGGUAUCGCUCACCUGUCAGCUGACCCGUCUCCCUGCGUUCCCACGGCAACAACAGCACCCGUCACCACCAGCAGGUGCACCUUUGGUCACAUGGCCGUCAUAGAAGGCCGAGACGCUGCUGUCCAGUGCUUUGAGCAGGCGUCCAUGUUGGAGGUGACACAAUCGGAGGCGGUGACGCGGCGGCGACUCAACGAGCUGGAGAGCUGGAAGACGCACUGGAGGCGGCAGACACGCCCCCCCGCCCCGUGAUUGGUGUCAUGAGCUGUCAAUCAAGAGGACAUCCAGCCAAUGAGAGCAAAAAAGGAUUUAUUGUGGCCUCACGACUCUGACGUCACGCCCCACACUUUAUCCAUGGAGCGCAGCAGCUGAGAGACCAGGCGCAGAGACUCCGCCCCCUCCAGCAGCUGACUGGAGGACACACCCACCCGGUCAUGUGACACACCUUUCCCCCCACGGACGUGCAAAUAAAUACC